AUGAGGGGGGGGGGUAGUGGGAGUGAGCAGACAUGGGUGGAUGGAGACAGAGGGGUAGGGGCAGGCCGGGGUGCGGUUGGUCUACAAAUAGUUGCUCUCUGUGCCUGGCAUAUCAUCACUCAGAUCCCCUCCCAGUUGCCCAGUAGGACAGUUGGGUCUCACCACCGAAGCGUCUCCUUCUUCAACCUCACAAGCCAGCCGACCAGUCAACCAGCCAUGAGCAAGUCCUACGCCUCCUCCGCCCAGAGCUCGUCCUCCUACCGCCGCACCUUCGGCUCCGGCGUGGGCUCAACGCCGAUGUCGUCCGCGUACUCCUCUCUGGGAGGAGGCCACAGCUCCUCCGCCAGCCGCAUGUCGGCCCGAGUCUACGAGGUCAAGAGCUCCGGCGCUCCCUCCUAUUCCAGCUUCAGGGGCUCCUCGGGGGCCAGGGGAGAUGGCUUCGGCUCCUCCAGAGCCGUGCGCACCUACUCCGGCGAGAAGCUCGACUUCAACCUGGCGGACGCCAUGAACCAAGACUUCCUCAACACAAGGACCAACGAGAAGGCCGAGCUCCAGCACCUCAACGACCGCUUUGCCAGCUACAUCGAGAAGGUGCGCUUCCUGGAGCAGCAGAACGCAGCGCUCACGGUGGAGAUCGAGAAGCUGAGGGGCCGGGAGGGGGGCCCCGGGCGCGUGGCCGACCUGUACGAGGAGGAGAUGAGGGAGCUCAGGAGGCAGAUCGAGGCCAUCUCCAACCAGCGUGCCAGAAUGGAGGUGGAGAGAGACAACCUGGCUGAUGAUCUCCAGAAGGUUAAGCUGAGACUGCAAGAAGAAAUUCACCAGAAGGAGGAGGCAGAGAACAACCUCUCUGCCUUUAGAGCUGAUGUGGACAGUGCAACUCUGGCCAGGCUGGACCUGGAACGACGCAUCGAGAGCCUGCAGGAGGAAAUUGCCUUCUUGAAGAAAAUCCAUGAAGAGGAGAUCCGAGAGCUGCAGAGCCAGAUGCAGGACACACAGGUCCAGAUCCAGAUGGACAUGUCCAAACCCGACCUGACUGCUGCUCUGAGGGACAUCCGCGUGCAGUACGAAACCAUCGCUGCAAACAACAUCGCAGAGGCCGAGGAGUGGUACAAAUCUAAGGUGUCUGAUCUGAACCAGGCAGUGAACAAGAACAACGACGCACUGCGCCAGGCCAAGCAGGAGAGCAUGGAGUACAGGCACCAGAUCCAGUCCUUCACCUGCGAGAUUGACUCACUGAAGGGCACUAAUGAGUCUCUGCUUCGCCAGAUGAGAGAGAUGGAGGAUCGCAUGGGCCGCGAGGCCUCUGGUUAUCAGGAUACCAUUUCCCGUCUGGAGGAAGAUAUUGCUAAGAUGAAGGAUGACAUGGCUCGCCACCUGAGGGAGUACCAGGACCUCCUCAAUGUGAAAAUGGCUCUUGAUAUUGAAAUUGCUACCUACCGCAAGCUGCUGGAGGGAGAGGAGAGCAGGAUCACCACCACCAUGCCUGUUCAGUCAGCCUAUUCCUCUAUUGGAUUCAGAGAGACCAGUCCUGAGUCUCAGCAUCAGCGCUCAUCAGAGGUUCACUCCAAGAAGACUGUUCUUAUCAAGACCAUUGAGACCCGGGAUGGAGAGGUUGUCAGUGAAUCCACACAGCACCAGCAGGACAUCAUGUAAAGAGGGAGAUGCUCUUGAGAAAAUGAACGAACAACUAGAAUUUUUCCUACCACUACAGUUAGUCUGUAUAAGCUGACCUAACAUAACAUGGAGCCUUACCUCUGACAUUAAUAGAUGUUCAUACAGACCUUUGUAAAUGUAACAUCAUGAAUGCAGGCACAGUGUCUUUUGUCUGGUCUUGAAUAAAAAAAAUAUUCCAGAAAUUUUCUUUACGUUACAUUACUUUCCAUUUCGCAAAGGCUUUAUAAAUUGGUUUGCCUGCCAAAUUGAAUUGCAUACAAGGAGAGCUACCAGGCUUACAGUGCUGUAUUUGUCAUUUAUAAAGAGAGAGGUUUGCAACUUUUUCGGGUAAAUUACAAGAGAUACUAUGGUCAAAAGUGACAUUUUUGACAAAGUCAUUGCACAUAUUCCAAGAUUUGUUUGUGCAAAUGAGCAAGUAAAUGAUUGUUUGAGAUGGACUAUUUCUGUUGAUGAUUUGAGGAAUGUGCUUAAGUUGGAUUUGAACAUGCCAGAAACACAAACACUACAGUAAAGGAGAAGAGACAUCGGUCAUGUUUGAACUUUAAGCUCUUUAGAAUGUGCUCGGUGCUUGACUUUAUGUGUAUGGGUGACCACGGUGCACGGUUCAACUGUGAUACAAUCUCAAAUAAAGACCUUUGUAAGACCACA